AUGUCGCCGCCGCCGCCUCGGUUCGCCGCCGCUGCUGCCACCGGGAGCCCCGAAGCCGUCGUCCCCGAGCUCGACCGCCGCCCGCCGGAACUGCAGCUCACCAGGGAGUCGUCGUCGUUGCCCCGAUUGCCACCGUCAUCCCCGAGCUCCACCAACUCCACCCCCGCCUCCGCAACUCCUCGCCGCACCUCUCCGACACCUUCGCCGACCUCCCCGACUACCGGAGCCGCUGCACCGCCAACGCCCGAGCCGUCGCCGUCGUCUCCGUUCGUCACCGCCGACGCUAUAAGCCCGAGCUCCCCUCCACCAUUGGAUCUCGCAUGA